UCUUUUUUUUUUUUUUUUUUUAAUUAACAGAUUUUAAAUGCAGUUGAAUGAUGGCUACGUGCUAGUACUUGGCGUCCUCCCGGCAUUUCUUCUCCUGUCCCCUGCCUGCAGGUGCCUCCCGAAGCAAUGCACCUUCAGCCCGCUAAGCGUCUCACCUGUGCCUCUCAGGCAGCUCCACUCCACCAGAACCUCCCCCCCUCUUCUUCCUCAUCCCUCUUGCACCUCCUUCACCUUCCUCAAACCUGCGGUCACUUGACCCAGCUGGGGCGGGCAGGGCAAGGCAAGGCAGGGCAAGGCAAGGCAAGGCAGGGCAGGGCAAGGCAAGGCAAGGCAAGGCAAAGUAAGGCAAGGCAAGGCAAGGCAAAGUAAGGCAAGGCAAGGCAGGCAGCGCCCGCCUGGGCGCGGGCAGCAUGCUGGGGGAGCCGGGGUGUGCGAGUCUUCCUGAAGAGCUGAGAUGGAAACAAAAUCGUUCAACGGAAACACCCUAUAAAGUCCUGGAGCAGGCCCUAAUGGAAGGCCCUUUGCAAACCUCCGUUCACGUGUGCCAUGAAAACAGUCAAUGGAUGUCACGAUUACCAGAGAAGCUCUGGGAUAUUCCACUCUAUAACUUAGCACUUCCAGGAAGUCAUGAUACUAUGACCUACUGCUUGGAUAAAAACUCUGCUGUUAGUGGCAAUGAAUCCAAGCUGGUGAAGUUCUUAAACAAAUGUAUACCCUGCAUUGUGCACCCUAUUAUCAUGAAGUGGUCUACAACACAGGUACUGACAGUAGUGGAGCAACUUGAGGCCGGAGUUAGAUAUCUGGAUUUCAGGAUUGCCCACAAAGCUAAUGAUCCGUCCAUGAAUUUGUACUUUGUGCAUAUGGUUUACACAACUGUUACUGUACAGGAUAUUCUGUGGGAAGUGUUAAGGUGGUUGGAAACUCAUCCUCAGGAGGUUGUUGUCUUAGCCUGCAGGAAUUUUGAUGGAUUAACCAAGAAGCUUCAUUGUCACCUUAUUGCCUGUAUAAAAGAGAUUUUCCAGUGUAAACUGUGUCCCAGAAAUGUGGUGCCAACACUGCGGACCUUGUGGCAGCGCGGCCAUCAGCUUAUAGUCUCGUACGAAGAGGACGUGGAGGUGGUAGAGCACUGUGAGCUGUGGCCUGCGAUCCCAUACUGGUGGGGAAACAAAACUGCAACUCGUGCUCUUAUCCAUUACUUAGAGCACAUGAAGCAGAUGGGUCGUCCAGAAAAAUUUUUUGUAGCAGGGAUUAACCUGACUGAAAACUUAAGGUAUAUUCUCGUACACCCAUUUGGAUCGUUGAAGAAAAUGACACUCCGGAGUCUUCCAUGCUUGAAAAUCUGGAUAAAGAAGCAGUAUCCGGGACCAAAUAAAGAAUGUAUUAACAUCAUUGCUGGAGACUUCAUACAAAACGAUGAUUUUGUCAAAGACGUGAUAGACCUUAACACAAAAAUUAAUCCUCCGUUAGCGUGUCAAAGUAAAGGUCUGGAACAAACAGCAUUUCAUUCUCAGCUUCUGUGGAAAGCUGAAAAGGCGCUGUCUGCAUUUAAUGUGUCCUGGUUUAAACAUCCUGGAUCCCAUAAAGGUCCAGUUAACCUAAACCAGGGAUGUUUUAAAGACUCAGUUAAAAAACAAAACAAAAAAAACAACCAACCACAGAAAAGUGCUCUCAACACCACCAGAGUUUCAAGGCCUUUUCACAGAAAGGAGGGCAGGCAGACCUGGCUGAAGUCUCUAGAGCAUGAUGGUAUAAUUUACUUGGAGGUGCUUAGAUCCUGCAGCAGAUGGCAACCUGGAAAGUCACAAGAACAAGUAAUCCUAUUUUAUCUUAAAUAUGAGUAAGGAGAAAUGUGUCAGUAGUUGCAUGAAUUACUUUGUGAUAAGAUUUUACUUAUAAUUGUAAAGAUAUUCUGGACUACUUGCAACCACAAUUCUCAGUAUUUUAUAUCACUGUGAAACUGUUUGCAUAGUUUGUGUUAAAUAAGGAACAGUUUUAAAAUAUUCUUGAUAUAUCAAAGAUACUGUAUGGACAAUUGUAUUUCACAUGAUUUUUAUAUAUACACCAACACAUCAUUGACAUCAGCGAUCUAGAAGCAGCUGUACUGUUGUCGUGGGCUGCGUAUCAGUUGUGAGCCACUCUACCAACACGGCAGUCACAAAAUUCUUUCGGAAUUGUUAGAGGUAUGUGUAUCUGAACAAUUAUUUUCAUGACUCAUGCCAGUUCUGCAGUGAUGAAGACACCAAAACUAGGCCCGUAGACAGUUUUGUCUUUGUAAUGAAAUUGUUUUAUUAGGUGUUGCCAAAAUAUGCCUUACACUGAAAAUAAAUACAAAAGAAACAGAUCCCUUAUCUAAAUUCAAAGUGCUCUAAACAUACAGAUGCUUUGCUCCUGUCAUGCUCAUUUGGGGUUUCACAACCGGUCUUUUAUUUUCUUAUUUUAGUAGCUUUAUAGCUGUUUUUUCUCUCAAUAAGUAUUUUUUGCUUAUGUAAAAGCUAACGGUUUUAGGUUGUUUGCCAUUGCAUAUUAAUCCUAUUUUCCUAUUUUUUCAAAUGAACUGUGCAAUAACAGAUGAUCGUGAAGGUAAGAGAAAUUGCAAGCAUCGGGACUAACACAAAAACAGGCAUUGUAUAAAGUUCACUAUGCAGCUUUAUCAAUAUACCUCACUUUUUAGACGCACUUUAUAUGCAAAAGCUGAGUUCAAAUGGCUGGCAGGAUGUCACGUUUGCAGUAGGU